UUUCAUUCCAGAAAACCACACCAAAACAAGGGGAGAAAAAUGAAUGCAAUAGAUAUGUGUUUGCCAAAGUUUCUAUCCUGCCCGCGGAGACACUGCACUGCACACAUUUUGAAGAGGAAAAGAGGGAGUUGAGGGGGUGUGAGAGAGAUCGAGCGAGUGCGGCCUCAAACUGCAACAAUUCAAUCUCCAUUUUGAACAAUGCACCUCUUUCCUCUUGUAAAUCCAGUUUUUCUCUGUUUGGGGGGUCGGCGGGGUUGGGGGGAGACCGGAGCAGGAUGCACAGUACAGGACUGAGCAAGGGGGGAGGGCAGAGGAGGUGGGGAAGGAGUCUGCGGCAACUGCGCUGAGUGGGUACCUGGAGUGCUGCUGUGGGUACUAUGGCUCCUGAAGCUGCUUUCCAUAUAGUAACUGGCGUCGUCGUCGUCGUCGUCGUCUUCCAGCUCCUCCGAGUAAUCGGAGUCAUCAUCGUCUUCCUCCAUCUCAUCCUCCUCAUUGUCCUCAGACUCGUGGGUCUCCUCGGUGUGGCCGUCCUCUUCCUCCUUCUCGCUGUCGUGGUCAUUGUGCACCACCUUGGUGACGGCCCUCAGGGCCACGAUGGUCCCGGCCAGGUGGCCGCCCCCGCCUCCUCGCCCCCCGUCCCUCCCCGGCCGCCGCCCGGGGGCGCUGGUGCUGCCGCGGAGGGAUGGGAGAGUCGUGGGGGCGGGGGACCGGCGGCGGCGGCUUCCUCCGGCUACUGCUGCCCCUGCUGGGCGAGCUCAGCCGCGUCUUGGGGUCCAUCUCAGCCUGGCCUGCGGCCCAUCUGCCCCGGAGGCUACCGCGGUGCCGCGGGCGAAGACCCUCGAUGGGUCCAGACGUGGGCCGUGGCGGCGGUGGCAGGGCUCCGCAGCGGGAGCCGCGGGCUGCUUGGGCGGCCUGUCCACCUGCCCCUCCGAUUGGAGCCUAGGCAGGAGGGAGAAGAGCGGGGUCACGUGAGCUGCACCGCGGGAGAGCCUGGGACGCAGCGACGCUACGCGGCGGCGCUGCGGGGAGCGCGGGAGUGUAGAGUCCCGGGCGGGAGCCCGGAGCGCCCGCACUCCGCGCAGCGCGGCGCGGCUGGACGCCGGGCGCCGGUGGCGCGGCUGGACUCCGGGCGCCGGUGGCGCGGCUGAGAGGGGCAUGCAGUUCGCGAAAUGCCCCUUGUCAAAGGCCUUCGGAGACCACAGCCUCCGUCUGGAGCCCAAAGCCGGCCAGACCUCCUCCCCGCAUCUCCCCUUCUGCGGCUGGGAGAGGAAGGCAGGGGAGCCCCCAGGUAUUAUUGCCCUCUCGCCCCAUCGGGAAACUGAUGCUGAAAGAGCCAGAGAGAGAAAGAAAAAAAAAGUCGCGGAGAGGGGCCGCCGGAGCGACCGAAGGCACCGGGCAGCGCCAGCGACGGAGGGAAAUUAGUUGGGGGAGACAAGCAGACAAGCCCCCAGAAUUUAGGGAACUCCGAAGCUUGGAGCUGGAGUCCUGAAAUUGACUCCGAUGACAACCGCUGUGGAUCUGUGCCAGGAGCCACGCCCUGAGGGAAGGGCGUCCUAAGACCUGUUGCGUGGAAUCCCCACUGGGAAAGCCUCAGUAAACUCCAGAAUGCAA